CGCGGCUGGACCACAGACGGGGCGACAGGGGAGGCGGGCGCUCCGAGCGGGCGGGCUUGGCUGAGGGCGAGGGCUCGGCGGCCGAGGGCGCUGGGGAGGCUUUGGGACGCGUCUUGAGGGGCGUUGAGGACCUGGGGAUUGGGCCUUGUUGGUGGCGCGCGGGCCUGUUCCCUGAAGAGUUCUGAGGUCUUUGAUUGGCAUCGCCUGACCCCCCUUACCUGGGCCCUCCUCACUAGGCCGACUCGUCAGCCUGGAGAACAGAAAAGGACGACUGCUUUUUUGUUGCGUAAACUAAUGACAGUCUCCAAUGGAGGGGGCCUUGAAGAGUCAUCCUUUGUUGAACCCCCAAAAUGUGCGCAGAAAGCGGAGCACAGAACAGGGCUGACUCAGUGCCUCCUUGAGAAGCAGAGAACUCCUGUGUCGCAAGAGAACGUUGUCAGUUCCCUCCUCGACAUGGGUUUCAGUGAUGUCCAUGUUAAUGAACUGCUCAGCAUACAGCCAGGUACCCACCCUCAACAGAUGCUGGACAUCAUUUCAGAAUUAGUACUUUUGGGUCUGAAUCCAGAGCCUGUGUGUGUGGCCUUGAAGAAAAGUCCUCAGUUAUUGAAACUGCCUGUGAUGCAAAUGAAGAAGCGCUCCAGUUACCUGCGAAAGCUGGGCCUUGGAGAAGGGAAAUUAAAGAGGGUGCUUUACUGUUGCCCUGAAAUUUUCACCAUGCGUCAGCGGGACAUUGAAGUCAUUGUUGGGGUCCUUAAGGAGAAGUGCCUUUUCACUAUAAAGCAAGUCACCGAGAUUUUGCACAGGUGCCCGUAUGUUCUUCGGGAGGACCCUGGUGAGCUGGAAUACAAAUUUCAGUAUGCCUAUUUCAGGAUGGGGAUUAAACACGUGGACAUUGUGAAGACGGACUUCCUGCAGUACUCCAUGACCAAGACCAAGCAGAGGCACGUGUUCUUGGAGCGACUGGGCCGGUACCAGACCCCUGACAAGAAUGGGCAGACACAGGUCCCCAACCCUUUACUUAAGGACAUCCUCAGAGUUUCAGAAGCUGAGUUUCUGGCCAGAACAGCGGUGUCUUCUGCUGAGGAGUUUGAGGUUUUUAAGAAACUCUUGGCCCGGGAGGAAGAGGAGUCUGAGGGCUGCAUGGCUGACGAGGAGGAGGAGGAGGAGGAGGACAGGGAGGAAGAGCAGGAGCUGUGAUGGACGGACUGGAGUGAACGGAGCCCAGAGAGAUGAAAGGUUAUUUUAAUUUCCUCAAAGCUUUUGGGAACUUCACUUCAUUCUUCUCAGGGUAUUUUUUAUUCUUAAACUGGUCUUUUGAUGAAAAAUGUUUAGAAAUCACCUGAGAGGUAGACAGGCCAAACUAAGCAGCAGAUGCUUUGGCUUGAUCAGUCAGGUUCGGUGUGGAGGGCCCUGCUCCAUCCUGAAUCACAGACUGGGACCUCCUGAAGUCAGGGGGCUCAGUGCAUCAGAGUCUGGUUUUACUGUUUCUUGGUCAUCUGUGUUGGUGAUGAUUCUGUGACAGAGUGGGGAUGUUUCUUCUGGUUCUAGAGUCAUUUUACAUCCUUCUAGUGACAAAGAGUUAGGAGAAGACAGUGAAGCUUUAGUACAUCACAACAGUUUAUUUUAAUGACAACAAGUAGCAGAUUUUCCACAAAAAUACUCAUGUUUUUAAAUAAAAAAUAUUGAUUUGUAAUUGUGUUCAGUGUACAGCAGAGUAAAAGAAAGUUGACUGGUGA